AUUGGCAUUAUUCGCUUGUUGGACAUAAAUUCCUUCAAGCAAACGUCAGUCCAGCCAUUACGGUGCUGCAGUCUGCGCAGUGAAACGCAUUUGCCAUUAUUUGUUCCGUUUCUCACAAGAUUAUACCGGACCAGUGUACAGAGUCGAACACUUGGCGACGUUUGGCGUUGGACCUCAGUUCGGAUUAGUGCAGCCUUCCGAUGGAAUUCGCAAACUCAAGCAAAUGGAGCAGUCUUCAGCGAUGUGGGCGCAACGCAUGGUCUUGCGAUUGCAACCGGAGGCCAUUAUUGUAGAGGAUGAUAACGAAAUGGCAGUAGAACAGUUUCCGCUGAAAUUAAUCACAGAUCCGACAGCGUACACUUCUAAUGACCCGAAGGAUGUGUACAACAAUCUGUUGGUUUUCGUUGUGGAACAGGAAAAAGGCACAUUGUCCCGCAUUCCGGCCGAGAUGCACAUUUUCCAGUGCUGCGACGUAUCGAACACGCUUAACCAGUGCUUCGACGACAUCGAGCGUUUCGUAGCUCGCAUUCAGUCGGCGUACGCUGCCCAUCGCGAACUGGAGAUGAUCAAGAGGCAGCGCGGCAAAUUGUCUGGGAAGACGCAGGGUGAGGGCAUCUUACAGAUGCGUGCCCGUCUGCCGUCACAGACUGAGUUCGUCGCCAUCCUGCACAUGUUCAAGUUCUGCAUGAACCUUCUGGGAAAAUUGCAAGACCACAUUCACGACCCCACUGCCCCAGAAUUGGUACAUAUUCUGUUCGAUCCGCUGACGGUGAUUUUGGACGCCUGUCACUGGGCCCUCAAUCGUAAUAUCGGCUAUAUGGUCGUCGAUCCAUCGCUGACGCCUGAAACGAAGGCGUUGCUGAACGGAUGCCUGAACAGCAGGGAACGUGACGUGUGGAACUCGUUGGGGAAUCCAUGGAAUCUGAACGGGUACGUUUCGCAAGAACUUAGCAGGGUAUCGCUAGAAAAAGAAAGACUUGAUUUCGAAAAGGAGAAGAUCGCUGAAAAGCAAAAGAUGAUCGAAAUAGAGGCUCAAAAAAUCGAAGUGAGUAAUGUCAAAACUUCUUUUCUUCUUUCAUGUCUAGAUAUUAAUAUCGAAACAUAUUUUUGCAGUUAUUCACCUGGCGAACGACGAACUCGCGCACCGCCACCCGUUGACAACAGCGAUUUGGCGGAAAGCAGGCAGAGCGCGUUUUUCGAGGAGCUGCGUUCCGGGGAUGCAAUGAUUGCCCGAGUGGAGUACGAUCGCAUUGGACAGAAUGCUCAGGAAAUGUCUGUGACAAAGGGCGAAUACUUGGAGGUAAUGAAUAGCUCAAAGAACUGGUGGCAAUGUCGUAACGCGUACAACCAAGUCGGCUACGUGCCGAAGACGUUUUUGACCGUGGUCGAGGGUCGAGGCCCAGAGUACGUACCCCCAUCGCACUCCAGGGAUUACCGACGGCCGAACGUCGCCGACGAAAUGCACACCGUUGCGAAAGAGCGGAUCGGUAAAUACGGUGGCUAUCGAUACUUUUAG